AUGAGUUGUAUUUUUGAAAAUAUUGAAAGAAACGAUUUUAAAAGAUUAAAAAAUUAUUUUAAAAUUCCUUUGAAAUAUCAAAAUUAUGAGUAUAAACUAAUAAAUAAAUAUAAAAAAAAAAAAAAAAAAAUUUAUCUAUACGGAAACUUUCCGAAUUAUUAUUAUGAGAGAUACAAAAAGAAAAAAAUAGAAAAAGAUGAAAUAAAUAUAGAAAAAGAGGAAAUAAAAAAAGAAAAUGAUGAAAUAAAUAUAGAAAAAGAGGAAAUAAAAAAAGAAAAUGAUGAAAUAAAUAUAGAAAAAGACGAAAUAAAUAUAGAAAAAGAUGAAAUAAAUAUAGAAAAAGAGGAAAUAAAAAAAGAAAAAGAUGAAAUAAAUAUAGAAAAAGACGAAAUAAAGGAAAAUAAUAAUAAUAACAAUAGUAAUAAUCAAAGUUUAAGUAAUUUGAAAAAAGACAAAUGUAUACAAAAUAAAAAUAUUAUUGAUGAUUACAGAUUAACACAAAUUGAUAAUUUAAUAAAAGAUAUAUUUAAAGACAAAAUUAUUUUAGAUAUUGGAUGUAAUAGUGGUAUAACUACAUUUUUAUUAAGUUUAAAAUAUAAGUGUAAGAUUGUUAAUGGUAUAGAUAUAGAUUUUUCAUUAAUAAACAAAAACAUUUGUUUGUUAAAAUUAUUUAUUGAAUUUAUUUUAAUAUAUAACAAUCAAAAACAUAUUUUACAAUUUUUCUUAAAUAACAAAAAUUUACAUAAAAUAGAAAAAGAUAUAUUCCUUGAUUUGUACUUUUUAUAUGAAGAUCUAAAACAAGAAAGAUGUAAAGAUAAGUGUGAAAUUAAAAAUUUGAAUAUAGAAAUAAAUGAGAAUAGAAAUAAAGAUAAAAAUAGAACAUUUAAUGAAAGUUAUAGUUUAAUUGAUGAUAGCAAUAGUUUAUUAGAAAAUACCCAUAAAUAUACAUUUCCUCUUAACAUAUAUUUUUUAUGUUCAAAUAUUUUUGAUAAAAGAUUUAAUAAAAUAGAAAAUAAAUAUGACAUAAUUAUUUGUUUUUCUGUUUUAAAAUGGAUACACUUAAAUUACGGUGACAACCAUAUUAUAAUUUUUUUUGAUUUAAUUCAUAAAAUGUUAAAAAAAGAUGGAUAUUUUAUUUUAGAAUAUCACAACGAAAUAAAAUAUAAAAUAAAAAAAUAUGAAAGGGAUUUUUAUAAACAUAAAAUUAACUUAAAUUAUAUGCACUUUGAUGAUAUAGCAAACGGUGCAUAUAAUAAUAGUUGUAAAUUGAAAUUAAUACACAAAACUAAUUUUAACGUUGAAGAAGAACAAUUAAAAAAUAAAAACAAAAAAAAAAAAUUAGGAAUGUUUAAUAGAUCAAUUCGUAUUUAUCAAAAAAUAUAA